AUGGUAGAGAAAAUCCUGCAACUGUUUUCUAUGGCCAUUUAUGACACCGAUGGCCAAAAUAUGAACAUAGUGCUGAAGGCAGUAGAGAAUAGGCGAUCACAUAUAUAUGACUUCUUACUCAACAGUAAUCUUCCUCAUAGAGAAAUUGCAUUUCACGCUGUUGAUGAACAGGGGAAUAGUGCAUUGCAUCUAGCUGGAAAGCUACCGGGUUACCGCCACUUCCAACAUAUCCCCACCAGCAUGUUGCACAUGCAGUGGGAAGUUAAGUGGUACCAGUAUGUGCAGAAUUCCUUGCUACCAGAUUUUGUUGUUAAAAAUAAUCGUACAGGAAAUUCCCCAGAUAAGAUCUUCCAAGCAGAACAUCGGGAACUUGAAGACGAAAGCAAACAAUGGCUAAAUAGCACAUCCAAUUCCUGCUCUUUCAUUGCAGCGCUUAUCGCAACUGUUGCCUUUGCCUCAACAGCCUCCGUACCUGGAGGGCUGCAAUGGCUAAAUAGCACCUCCAAUUCCUGCUCUUUUAUUGCAGCACUUAUCGCAACUGUUGCCUUUGCCUCAUCAGCCGGGGUAAAGCAAGACACUGGGAGUAUUUUUGGAAUAGCACCGCUAGUUGCUCUUUUCUGUUCAGUGAUCUCCUUGCUAAUAUUCUGCGCCAUUUUCAUCUCCAAGGACGAAGACAAAGAUUUUACUACAAACUUGCCGAGGAAAUUUUUAUUUGGUUUAACAUCUCUCUUUAUAUCCAUAGCAGCCAUGUUGACCUGUUUCUGCUCGGGAAACUUCUUGAUGCUUAAGGGUCAAUUAAAAUUUGCUGCAAUUCUGUUAUACGCACUCACCGGUGUGGUAAUGGCGUACUUUGUUCUCAAGCACUUUCCAUUAUUUAUUGGCCUUCUGAAGGCUACAUUUCGUAAGGUGCCUGAGCGUAUAUACAAGGAGUAUUUGUGGAUUCCAUUCGUCUUGUAA